UGCUGUUCUUCAAAAUGAGGCGAAACAGUCCAUAGAUACGACAAUGGUGAUUCGUUUAGUUCCUUUAAUCGCUACCUGUCUCUGACAAAACCUUGUUUCGGAGGUACCUUAAGAGCUCUGUCUUCAUAGUCGGGCUGAGAAUACCCGUUUGAGCUGAUUUGGAUUAAGGAGAAAGAGAAAAAGUCAAAAUUUUUUUCUUGCUUAGUUUCUUGUUAUUUACAGGGUUUGUUUGAGUAGUGAAGAAGAAUUGAAGCGAAAUAGAGAUGGAGACGGCAGCCUCUUCAUCUUCAGUGAUAACACCGGAGGAUGUUUUGGAGUCUUUAAUGAAUGAUGGUACCAUAGACGCUCUCAGAUUGAAGAUCAUGAAUCAGCUCAAAGCCAAUGAAGAGCUUAAAAGUACCACCAUUACGAUGGCUGAACAGAGUAAGGUUUUGAAUACCCCUGGGGCAGAGAAGCAGACCAAAAGAGAGCUAUUUGACGCGCUUCGCCAGGAGCUUGAAGCUCCUGUGCUUGAGAAAGUGUCUAAAUCAGUGUGGGAUUUAAUUCUGGACAGCAAUGGGCUUGGGAAGGAAAUUAGUGAAACUGUUGAGAGAGUAUUUUGUCGGUUAAAUGGUCAGGAACCUCCACUGUUUCCUUUACCAAAUGGGGAAGCCCUGCCAAUUACAGAGAUGGAGAGCAAGGCAGGAGAAGAAAAAGAUGAGGAAAUCAGAGCUGAAAAGGUAAAAUCAGAUUCUAAAUCAAAGAAAAGGAGCUUCAAUGAGAUAAAGGAAGGAGGUCUAAAUGAAGUUGCAAGCCAUCGGCCAAAUGAAGUUUCAGGGGAUCCUUCUGCUGUGCCAGAAGGCUCCAGUAAAUCACCUCCACCAACCCUAAACCCGUGCAUUACAUGGGUCGAUACGCGCAACGCCUAGUAUCCAUCGUUUAUGGCUACGACUACUGGGAUAUCUAAUCCCAUUCGCUCCCCCAACUUUUGUCUCUUGGGAUACUUAAGGCAUUAGCUACAACAUUGUACGGGUCGAUAAGCGCAACGCCUAGCAUCCAUCGUUUAUGGCUAGGACUACUGGAGUAUCUAAUCUCAUUUGCUCCCCCAGCUUUCGUCUUUGAUUCUUGAAGAAUCCACAUCACUUUGAUUCUCAUACGCACAAUAUAUUUUGUGCUAAGAGUUCAGUUGGCAGUUUGUUUGCAGGAGUGUUGUAGUAUUGGAUCUAUCAUGGCUCCAAUUUGUGUAUGUUGCUGUAAUUUUCUGCACUAUCCAUGAUUACUGGUGGAUCUUUGUAUAAACUAACUGAAUCAUUUCUUAUAUCUUGAUAUGUUGAAACAGAAAAUACAGUCAGAACUUUA